AUGAAGAAUUGUGAUGAAUGGAAACCUUUCCUAGUAAUGAUAGCAAUUGAUUUUUCUUUAACCAUGGUGAACAUUCUUCUCAAGAAAGUCCUUCAAGAAGGAAUGAACCAUUUGGUUUUUAUCACAUAUCGUCUGUCAGUUUCUACUAUAUUUCUGGCCCCCAUCAGCUACUUUAAGGAAAGAAAUAGAAGACCACGGCUAACAUUUCAAAUUUUAUGCUACCUUUUCUUCAGUGCCAUUAUUGGGGCAUCCGUCACACAAUACUUCUUCCUUUUGGGGAUCCAAUACACCUCAGCCACAUUUGCCUGUGCCUUUGUCAAUAUGGUGCCGGUGAUGACCUUCAUUAUGGCAUUGCCAUUUGGGCUAGAAACAGUGAACAUUAAAUGCAAAGGUGGCAAAGCGAAGAUUCUCGGGACAUUUGUGUGCGUAGGAGGGGCAUUAAUGUUGACACUUUACAGAGGAAAGCCCUUCUUUGAUGUCUCUCACCAUGAAACUGCAGUUCCUCCAGUAGCCAUGAGAUCUGCAAUGGAUCAAGCUGCUUCUAGUGCAAGAACAACACAGAAAUGGACCAUUGGUGUAGUAGCCUUGAUCAUGGGAACCCUCUUUUGGUCUUUUUGGUUUAUUCUACAGUCAAAAAUAGGGAAGAGCUAUCCUUGCCAGUAUUCUAGCACAGCCAUCAUGACCUUCUUUGGAGCCAUGCAAGCAGCUAUUCUUGGUUUGUCCACUGGCAGCAACUUGUCCUCCUGGGUUCUCAAGGACAAGAUACAAAUAAUCACUGUUCUUUAUUCUGGGAUGGUUGGGUCAAGCGUGUGCUACGUGGGUAUGUCAUGGUGCGUGAAGAAGAGGGGUCCAGUCUUUACCGCAGCAUUCAGUCCUCUUGUUCAGAUAAUGUCGGGCAUGAUUGAUAUCCCAGUCUUGCACGAGCAGCUUCAUCUUGGAAG